CACCCACAGCUUCAAAGCCAGAGACAGUACAAACGUCUGCUCACCCAACGCCAACCCACGCCACAAGCAAACCCCGUGUUCUGCCAUACCCAACAGCGACCUGGAUCGAGAGUUAACAACUUGCAUAUUCUCAACACAUCGCCGAUCAUGUCUGCUCCUACUGAGAACGUGUCGACCAACGGGGUUGCUCCCGAGACCCAGCAGCCUGCUGCUGACUCCCAGACUCCUUCUGCUCCUGCUGAACCCAACGCCAAGGUUUAUUUUGGCAAGAUCGCUCGAGGCACGAGCGAAGACCAGCUCCGAGAGUUUGUUGAGUCUGCUGGCGAGGUUUCCAUCCUUUCAAUCCACGAAAAGACUACCUACCGUGGCUAUGCUUUCUUUGCCUUCGCCACCUACAAGGACAUCGAGAGCGCGAAGAAGGCUGUCGAGCUUAACGGCAAGGAACUCAAUGGCCGGCCUGUGAUUGUCGAAUACGGCAAGUCUGAAGAGGAGGCUGCUGCCGACCGUGAAGCUAGGAUUGAGAAGCGCAAGGAGGCCAGAAAGGCGAGGGAUGCCAAGAAGAAGGCUGAAACUGCUGUUGCUAGUGCCACCGAGGGUGAGGCCCAGGCUGCUGAGGGUCAACAGGAGGGUGAGGCCAAGGAGGUGGCUCCUAAAGCCAAGAAGUCUAGGGCCAGGAAGCCCAAGCGACGUCAGCCCGGAGAGGGUGAUGACGAAGCUCACGAGGACGAGGAAGAUGCCUCCAAGGCUAGGAUUGAUGCGGAGGGUAGUGACGAGGCUGGUGAGGCUUCUCAGGAGAACAAGGCUGCCAAGCCCAGGCAACCCAGGAAGCCCCGAGUGAAGAAGCUGCAGAUAUCCGAAGAGGACUCCGAGGCCACCAUCUUUGUUGCCAAUCUCCCCUUCUCUGUCGAUGACGCCGCUCUUACCUCCAUUUUCAACAACCUUUCCAUUCAGGUCAAGAAGGCCAAGGUCGCCGUCAGGACCUUCAGGCGAGGCAAUGACAGGAGAGUCUCUUCCAAGGGCUUCGGUUUCGUUGACCUUGAGGACCCUAGCCAGCGAGAGGAGGCUGUCCAGAAGGUUGAUGGUACUUUGGUCGAGGGUAGAAACAUUACUGCCAAGGUCGCCAAGGUAAUGAAGCCCAUUGAGCAAGAAGCUGCUGCUGCCACUGAGGAGAGCCAGCCUGACGCUCUCACUGCUGAGAACAUUGAAAAGGUAGAUGCCUCCGGGCCUAGUGGCGGUUGGUAAACGAUAUCGUUGUCGCUUCCUUUCUCCACGAUUGCACCUAAACAUUAUUCUUUGUAUCAUCACCUCAAAUAACGUUCCAAUAUGCCCGUAAUAUGGCUUCCUCAGAUCUCAAAAAAGAGAAGAAAGUAAGAAGAUACGUUGCCAAGGAUGAAGGGUAUAAAUGCAUAUACUUCCCCCUUGUACUUCGCAACAUUUGCUGCACUUUCUCACAUACAUCUAGGCUAAUCUAAUUCACAUUGAGAUAACUUCUUUUACGAACCUCCAGUCUUUUCGUGUUGUUGCUCCCCUUUGUACAACUUGAAGUGUAAAGGCAAUCGCGAGCCCUUGCUCCGCAAAGUAUUGGCCACAAAUGGUCGGUUACUCAUCCUAAAAAGAAAAUCAGUCAUCUUCUCCUUAUAUCUCGAUCUGGGAAGAAAAAUUACUGACAUGUUCCAUCUGAAAAUAUGCUGCCCUUCCAUCAACUCAAUUUCAAACUCCCGCAGUAAAGUAAAGAUGACCGUCUUGAUCUCCAUCACCGCCAGCUUGUAUCCUAUGCAUCUCCUCGGGCCAUCGAUGAAAGUCAUAAAAUUUGGCCAGAUGCCUGGACCUUCUGGGACGUAGUUUGGUACGGCAUCUCGUCUGGCCGAGGAUGUCGCAGCAGGAUUGGAAGCCAAGGUCGGUCGGCCGCUAAAGGCAGAAGGUUGUGUGGUUGAAAGGAAACGGGAGGGAUUAAAUUCUUUGGCGGUCGGACCCCAGAUGUGUUCGGAAGUAUGCAGAUGUUCAAUCGGAACAUGGACCUAUUAGUAAUUUGGAGAUUUAGUAACUGAACCUUUCAAGAAUGAAACAAGGAUUGAAUGAAGA